AUGGCCCAGAUUACGGCUCCAAAUGACUCGCCUGCGUCUGCGUCCACUCCUGCGGCAGUGGACACAACGCAGGCUAAUCGUUUGGCGAAUUCUUACACAGUGUCACUACCAUAUAUAACAGAGCAGCUGUACACUGUAGGUGUUCACACAGUGUAUAACUGUAGCUGUAUAUUGCAGGAGUUUACAGAGUCCAACAGUCGUGUAAAUAAGAUCGGUGCAAACUUUGAGUAUGUGAAGACGUUGGCGUCUUAUGAGGUGGUGACGCCCAGGAGAGUGAUGAGUGAUGGUACCUUUCUUACUCACCACCUCCCGCACCACCACCACCACCACAACCACAACCACCACACCAGGGACAAGAGACACGUCCAGGAGCUUGAGCUACACUAUGUUAUUCCUCUGGAUGGCCACGACCAUCACGUGACGCUGCGACCCAACAAGAGGUUCCUGGCCCCACAUGCGGUAGUUGAGCGACUUCGUAAAGGUUCUCUCCUGCAGGGAGGCUCUGAGGUGGAGGUGGUGGGAAGACUACCUUCCUGCCACUACCACGGCUUCGUCAGGAACCACACUUCCUCCAGGGUCGCCAUCUCCGCCUGCCACGGCCUGACUGGCUUCAUCAACACUGACCACGACGAGUACUUGAUCGAGCCGGUACGUGACCACCCUCAGACUGCCCCUGGAGAGGCUGAGAGUGCCCAUGACAACCCACACCCUCAUGUUGUGUACAAACGUUCAGCCCUGCCCACACCAGGUGAAAACGUGUGCUCUACACCAGACGCCCACGAGCAAGCGCUGCACGCCCGCGAGGAGUGGGAGGCCGCCCACCGCCGCCUUCCUGCAGAAGAGGAGGUGAAGAGGAAGCGGAGGAGGAGGAGGAGGAAGAGAAGUGUAAGUGUGGAGAGGAACGUAGAGGUGACGGUGGUGGCUGACAAGAAGAUGGUCGAUUUCUACUCUAACGAGGAUAUAAACACCUACAUUCUCACAGUGAUGAAUAUGGUAUCGAGUGUUUACCAUGACGCCAGUAUUGGUAACGCUGUCAACAUCUACGUUGUCAGGAUAAUGUUGCUGGAGGACCCGCAGUAUGAGGAGGAGGUGGACAUCAGCCACAACGCUGACGACACCCUCCGCAGCUUCUGUCACUGGCAGCAGAUGAUCAACCCUGGCAGGACUCACCCCUAUCAUCAUGAUGUUGCUGUACUCAUCACCAGGUACAACAUAUGUAGCCGAGUGACAGACAGGUGCGCCACUCUGGGUGUGUCUGAGAUCGCUGGCAUGUGUCAGCCACUCAGAUCUUGUAAUGUCAACGAGGACACGGGGCUGCAGAUUGCUUACACCAUCGCUCACGAACUGGGCCACAACUUUGGCAUGAACCACGACGGUCCACAGAACGGCUGUGAGAGUCACCUUGGAUCAACCCAGCACGUCAUGUCUCCCCACCUCACCAAUGAUGCCAUCCCAGUGACCUGGUCCAACUGUAGCAGACACGAGAUAACACACUUCCUGGAUAAGGACUGGGGGUCGUGCCUGGAGGACGAGCCUCCCCAGGUGGAGUACAGCUUCCCCCAGCUUCCACCUGGUGCCAUGUACGACGCUGACCACCAGUGCCGCCUCAGCUUUGGAUCUGCUGCCACGCACUGUGCCGGUAUUGAGGGCACUGAAAGAGUGUGCCAGACUCUUUGGUGCCAUCUAGACAACCGCUGCAUCACCAGAAUGGAACCAGCUGCCGAGGGCACCCAGUGUGGUAAACACAAGUGGUGCGCGUCAGGUCAAUGUGUGACCAUUGGUGAACGACCCGCCGCUAUCCAUGGUAACUGGGGUAGCUGGUCGUCGUGGUCGUCAUGUAGCAGGUCGUGUGGUGCCGGUGUCUCCAACGCUCACAGGCACUGUGACAACCCCGCGCCUGCCAACGGUGGCAAGUACUGCACUGGAGACCGCAGGAAGUACCGGGUCUGUAACACACAGGAGUGCCCGGAGAACGGGGUGAGUUUCCGGGCAAUACAGUGCUCGCAGCACAACCAGCAGCCUUAUAAGGGCGAACACCACAACUGGUUACCAGUCAUGUUCGACCACUCUCCGUGUCAGCUGGACUGUAAGCCCGACAAUGAGUUCUACAGUGUCAAGCUCCGUGACACCGUGGUGGAUGGCACCCCGUGUAAACCUGGCACCAGAGAUAUGUGUAUCCACGGAGUGUGUAAGGUAAGUCUCAUGGGCGUGUGUGUGUCUUGCAUGUGUCAUGUGCAUAUGAUGUACGUUCACGACGCCUGGGGCGUACAUGUCGUGCGUAAUUAGUUAGAUUAAGAAACAUAAGCGGAGACGUGUUUGUGU